AUGAAAGAAAAAUCUAAGAAUGCCGCCCGGACUAGACGGGAAAAAGAAAAUAGUGAAUUCUACGAGCUGGCCAAACUGUUACCACUGCCCUCGGCCAUCACGUCUCAGCUCGACAAAGCUUCCAUCAUACGACUGACAACCAGUUACUUGAAAAUGAGAAUUGUCUUUCCUGAAGGUCUCGGGGAAUCCUGGGGUCACGUGAGCAGAACCAGCUCUCUGGAUAAUGUUGGUCGCGAGUUGGGGUCCCACCUACUUCAGACAUUAGACGGGUUUAUUUUUGUGGUGGCGCCGGAUGGAAAAAUUAUGUACAUCUCAGAGACUGCUUCGGUACAUUUGGGCCUGUCACAGGUAGAGCUUACUGGAAACAGCAUUUACGAAUACAUCCAUCCCGCCGACCACGACGAAAUGACGGCGGUGCUAACGGCGCAUCAGCCGUAUCAUUCGCACUUCGUCCAAGAAUAUGAAAUGGAGCGUUCUUUCUUCUUGAGAAUGAAAUGUGUACUGGCGAAAAGGAACGCCGGUUUGACCUGCGGCGGAUACAAGGUGAUCCACUGCAGCGGCUACCUGAAGAUCCGGCAGUACAGCCUGGACAUGUCGCCCUUCGACGGGUGCUACCAGAACGUGGGGCUCGUGGCCGUGGGGCACUCGCUGCCACCGAGCGCGGUCACGGAGAUCAAACUGCACAGCAACAUGUUCAUGUUCAGAGCCAGCCUGGACAUGAAGCUCAUCUUCUUAGACUCCAGGGUGGCGGAGCUGACGGGGUACGAGCCCCAGGACCUGAUAGAGAAGACCCUGUACCACCACGUCCACAGCUGCGACUCGUUUCACCUGCGGUGCGCGCACCACUUGUUGCUGGUGAAGGGUCAGGUCACCACCAAGUACUACCGCUUUCUGGCCAAGCAGGGCGGCUGGGUGUGGGUGCAGAGCUACGCCACCAUCGUGCACAACAGCCGGUCGUCCAGGCCUCACUGCAUUGUGAGCGUCAACUAUGUCCUGACGGACACUGAAUAUAAGGGACUACAGCUGUCCCUGGACCAGGUGACGUCCAGCAAGCCCUCAUUCUCCUACAGCAGCACCGCCACCACCAUCGCUGACAGCCGGAAGGGGGGCAAGUCCCGCGUGGCCCGCUCCAAAGCCAAGGCUCGUCUGUCCCCCUACCCGCAGUACCCCGGCUUCCACACCGAGCGGUCGGAGUCAGACCAGGACAGCCCGUGGGGCGGGAGCCCGCUGACAGACUCCGCCUCCCCGCAGCUGUUGGACCACGGUGAGGGUCCCGAAGCAUCCUGCGCCUACAGGCAGUACCCGGAGCCUGGCCCCCUCUGCUACGGCCUGCCCCUCACCGACGAGCGCCACGCCCACGGUCACGCCCACUCCCAGGCCUGCGACCGGGGCCGCUGCGACGCCGGGCGCUACUUCCUGGGCACGCCCCAGCCCGGGCGGGACGGCUGGUGGGGCGCGGCCCGCUCCGUCCUGCCCAUCCCCAAAUCCUCGCCCGAGAACGGCGAGGGAUACGAGGCCGGCAUGCCUCACAUCGCUUCCAUUCACAGUCUGCACGUGAGGGGCCACUGGGAUGAGGACAGUGUGGUCAGCUCGCCAGAUGGGGGCUCAGCCAGCGACUCUGGGGACCGUUACCGAAGCGACCACUUCCGGGCGAGCCCCCAGGAGCCCAGCAAAAUCGAGACGCUGAUCCGGGCGACCCAGCAGAUGAUCAAGGAGGAAGAGAGCCUCUUGCAGCUGCGAAAGGGACCCACAGAUCCCCUGGGGACGGCCAACGGCCUCUCCAAGGCCCACACCCCCUGCUUCGGCGGCGACUUCCCCCAGGGGGCGCUGCAGGGCGUGGUGUGCCGCGGGCCCGGGGUGGCACUCACCUGCGAGCACCUCCAGCACCGCGAUGGCAAGAUGAUCAGUCCCCACGGCAACGAGCACGACGCCAGCCCCGCCCCUCUCUCGCGCAUCAACAGCCCGAGCUCCGAUAGGCUCCCCAAAUCCAAGGACUACCUGCAGACAGACCUGUCACCCCACCAGCCCCGGGGCAACCACUGCACCCCGUCCCCCACCUUCUACCCCUCCCACCACCGCCAGUACCUGGACAAGCAUGCGGCGUACUCGCUCACGGGCUACGCGCUGGAGCACCUGUAUGAUACCGAGAGUCUCAGGAGCUACUCCCUCAGCUGCCCGGGCGCCCACUACGACGUCACAUCACACCUGCGCAUGCAGCCGGACGCAGCCGGAGGUCACAAAGGCACGUCCGUCAUCAUUACCAACGGGAGCUGA